AUGGCCAGCUUAGGAAGCAGCUCAGGCUUCUCUAGCACGCCACAAUCAUUCCAUGCGCUUCUAAGUGGAAAAUCAGUCCCACGGAGCCUGACAAGGAUUCACAAAAAUCAGCAGAAGCUCUUGGACCGCUCCGAUUCCUGGUUCAUGGGCAUCAAAGGCAACAAUGAAGAUGCAAAUGUGCCCCCAGAGGUCAUUCAGAGCCUCAAGGACUUCCAUACAGCUCACACCCUUCCACCCCCUGCACAGAAGCCACAGCCGCCCGUUUCAAGCGCACCUUCUUUGACAGCACCAGCAAAGUCACAGACAGUCAAUACCUUCUCAGAUGGGGCUGAUGGAUCACCUGUCUCCUCUGCUCCAGGAACACCAGUCUCCUGGCCAUCGUCUCCAGAGAGACCUGGAAUUUCAGGAGUUGGAAAUUCAUCGCCCUGCCUCUCCAUCAAGUCUCAACUUGGAGUGGAAAGCCAGUUGCCUCCACCUUCACCAAUUGCAGGCCUCCCAAGCAGCCCGCCUCGAUACGAGUCGUCCCCCAUUGCACCUGCUCCGAAGCGCCCCAAUCCACCUGCCGGGCUUCUUCAGCCGAGCCCGAAAAGACCUCGCAUUGGCACCUUCCCCUCGAGCAGCGCCGGCCUGGACGAUGAACUAGAGACGUGCAUCCCUGAUGCCAUCGACCAAGCAACACCUUGGACCAACAAAGCUGCGGCACGUCUGCUGACUGCUUCUCAAGCUGUGACCAGCCCACCAUGCGGCCAAGGCAGCAUGAUUCCUUCGACUUACAACGACGCUAAGAGCCCCGCGAAGUCAUCGACUCCUAAGAAGAGGCGGAACAUGAAGGUCAUCUCCGCUGCUGACUGGUCGUCCUCCGCACCAACAGUUGCUGAUGAGCCUAUAAUUCCGCUUUCUCAGCCUCGGUCUCGUGAGAAAGUACUGCCAGCAUCCUCAGGCGCUUUCAUUGCAUCGACCUACGCCACCGAAAGCCGAACGCCUCAAGAGAAUCAAGUGGUUCAAGAUACCCCAGGCCAAGCCAGAACUCAUGAAGAGGAACGUCAAGGCACCUCAGGCGAAGCCAACAAUCAUGAAGAGGGACGCCAAGACAUAUCAGGCGGAGCCAGAAAUAUUGAAGAGGAGCGUCCAUCCAUCUCCAGCGGACUCGGAACUAUUCACGAGGAAAACCAGUCCGUUCCGGGCAGACUCAGAGCUCCUGAAGAGGAACGCCAAGUAACCCCGGUCAGGCCUGCAGGCCUUGAACAAAACCUCCUGCAGUACCAGGCCACGCUCUCAGCUAAUCCGCCCGAAGUUGACGUUGUGAUGGGCGAAACCUCAGGAAACCCCCCGCUGCCUGAACUCAUGGUGCCGGACGAAGAGGAACUCAGGGAAGAUCUCAGAAGCUGGCUGGAUGACGUUUGGGGAAUGAAGAAGCUUGAUUGGCUUCCUGUGGGCCUACAACAACAUCGUACACGCCUUUCACGAAGCAGUCUGGAGACAUUGAAGCGUAUUACUCUUCUGGCCGAAAAGAGGGCUAUCAAUCUCGGAAGCUUGUGGUCUCAGCCCGAUGGUCCUCUUCGUCAAGCUUCUCAGCAUAGCAACGGGAGGCUCUCAUUUCCUGAUGACCUCAGCCACGAGUCUAUCGAAUUUCUGGUCCAGACGGCACGACAGGCAGAACAGGAGAAAAAAGAGAAGAGGGAUGCGUCACUUGCCAAGGCUGCUGCGGCGGCGGCACGUCUCGAGCGUCGCGUCAAUUCUGCCGCGGCUGAGAAGUUGCCUACCAUGAAUGUCGAGGACAACGCAAACGCAAACGCUACACCGGCACCGCCAUCAGGCCCUUCAGAUGAGACAAUUGCGGAGCAGUUUACGCGAAGUCCCUACGAAGCUUUCUGUGCAGCUUACCCAUCCUACUCGGGAAGCCUCAUGGAUUUCGUCAGGGCAUGCCUGGUUGUCGAGUACAUUCAGCGCAAGCAAACGCUGCCGAAAUGGCUUUAUGACGACUUCAUCCGGGCUUUUGGGGAUGGCUACAUUCAGUAUAUGGACAGGAUGGACAAAGCCAUUCCCCCCGAGAAGCCCAUUACAGCCGUCAAAUGGUAUGUCGGAAAUGUUGAUAGGCCGGUAUUCCAAAGGAACGUCGUAACAGUCGAAAGUCUGAGUCGAGUGUUUGAGAUCUAUCCCGAUGAAUCAAAGUCCGCCAGUAGCACAAUUUCACCGGAAGUUUCACCAUCGCCGGCCACCGCCAAACUGCCGACUGCCUUGCCGACCAACUUGCCGGCGACUGAUAGGAACGACGCACAUAUAACCAGUCCUUCGCCUGGAGAUCGCACCAAGCCUGCUCAGAUUGCUGCGAGCGUACCUGUUCCGAGCUCACCACUUCAGACCCAAGGUGUCCCCGAGGCGCAGAGAACGGUACAGGACGAACAGCCGCGUGUUCAAGAACAGAAGACGACGUCUGAGCAUCCUAACCCAGCAGCCUCUUCUGAUGAGCUGAAGUUGAGCCCUGUCAACCGGGAAAAGGGCAAGCAGCGAAUGGUGGAUGAGAAUACCCCAGAAAAGCAUGUGUCGGCUACGCCAAAGAUGCAGCGUCAAGAAGCGGCUAUUGACGCCGAGGACGAUAACGUGGUAUUCCUUUCUAGUAACCGCCAGAAAGCGGCCACUCCUACGGAAGACGAUAAUGUCGUGUUCAUCUCCAGCAACCCGCGACUCCGUCCAGCGCCACCCAAGUUCGUCGGCCAGCAGGCUUCUAUCAAGCAUGAGCCCAUGCAAGGUCCCAAUCCUCCGUUCCCUACUCGAGCUACUCCGCCGCAGGUACCUGCCGCAUCUGAGCAGGUGCAGCGCGUCGCAAGCAUAGCAGAGACACGGUCCUCGGCACAGAAGCCCAUGCCAUCCGCUUCUCGUGCCAAUCUCUUGAGACCGACCCCGGAGAAACCACACGCGCGUCGGACGCUACCGUCUUCUUUCAACUUCGGCACCCCCUCCCGUCAGGCGUCCCACAGCCCAGCACGUAGCACGCUCUCCGCGACGACUCAGGACUCCCGUGUCAAGAAGCCCAAGAAGACGGAGAAGGACAGACAGAGGGACAAUGAGCGGUGGAAGAGGAAGAUUGAGAGGAUGGCCAGGGAAGGUCGUCUCCCGGGAUCCACUCCGGCGCCCAAAGGCGGGGAUGCUUGA